AUGCCGACUCGCAAUGGAGUGUUUCUUACGCUCGCGAACCUCCUGAUUCCGAUUGCAAUUCUCGUCUUUGCAACGGGGUUCUUUCCGUAUAAACCGUUUAUGCCGGGGCUGGCGCAGUUUGAGGAUCUGUUGUCAUAUGAGGGGGGAGAGGAUGAGGUGCGGAAACAGCCUGAUGCGCCGUUUGACAAGCUGGUUUUUAUGGUCGUGGAUGCGCUAAGGAGUGAUUUUGUGUACGGCGAGGAGAGUGGUAUGAGUUUUGUGCAGAGUCUCAUACGCGCCGGCACUGCCAUACCUUAUACCGCACAUGCUACCUCCCCAACUAUCACCAUGCCCCGCGUCAAAGCCAUAACCACAGGCUCCAUUCCCUCUUUCGUCGACGUCAUCCUCAACUUCGCAGAGUCGGACACGUCGUCUACGCUGGCGACACAGGACACGUGGCUUGCGCAGAUCAAAGCCAAGCAAUUUGACAGCGGCAGCGGGAAACUGGUCAUGUACGGCGAUGACACAUGGUUGAAAUUGUUUCCUGAUUUCUUCGAGCGGAAAUCAUGGAAUGUUGAUACCAAAUUGCAGGACUUUACCGAAGUGGACAAUAAUGUGACGCGCCAUGUCCCCAAUGAGCUUCUGAAUAGUGAUUGGAAUGCGAUGAUAUUGCAUUAUUUGGGGUUGGACCAUAUCGGACACAAGGCUGGUCCUAAAAGUCCGAAUAUGCUCCCCAAACAACGUGAAAUGGACGGCAUGGUCCGCACCAUCUAUGAAGCCAUUGAAAACGAAGAUCAUCUCUCAAACACUCUCUUUGUACUUUGCGGUGAUCACGGUAUGAAUGAUGGCGGGAACCAUGGUGGCUCAUCACCUGGCGAGACGUCCCCUGCGCUGGUCUUCAUGAGCCCGAAAUUGAGCAAAGUGAGCAAGAGCAAAGGAUAUGCAAGUCCGAUCAAGUCGAAAACAGAAGGCGAGUUUGAUUAUUACGACAUGGUAGAACAAAGUGAUAUUGCGCCGACACUUGCGGGGCUGCUGGGUUUUCCAGUACCGAGGAACAACCUAGGAGUCAUGUUGGAGGGGGCUUUGGGGCUGUGGGAUAGUAAUGCGGACCGUGUACGGCUGUUAUAUCAAAAUGCGAAGCAGAUGAAGAAGAUUGUUCAGGCCACGUACACUGGGUUGAGAUUUGAUGAUCAAGUACUGAGCAAAGAAGAGAUGGGAGUUGACUGUUCUCAGGCGGAUGGCCCAAGUCUUUCGGAUGGUCAGGAAUUGGCGUGUUUGUGGCAGCGAGCCGUCGCAUCGACCGAGGAUGAACAUGCUGCCAUGGAAAAUACCUACAAGUUCAUGCGCAAAGCCCAAGAAACCAUGUCCGGCGCUGCCUCCAAUUACAACGUUCCAUACCUCUUCCUCGGCACACUCUUCUCUGUUCUCAUUUGCGUCCUCAGCUUCUUCACGCUUCCCUCCUUCAUGCCCAUCACUCCUUCUGGAAUCUAUACAGCCCUCACUCUGCUUCUCUAUGUCAUCCUCACAUUCGCAUCUUCUUAUGUCGAAGAGGAGCACAAUUUCUGGUACUGGGCCACAUCCGGCUGGCUCGGUCUCCUCUUCAUCACCACCAUGCGCAAACAGUGGCACAACACUUGGAUGUUCCACCCUGCCCUCAUAACGCUCGCAAUCCAUAGACUGAUACGUCGAUGGAACCAAACAGGACAGAAGUACGCCGGUGCAGACGACAUUGUCAACAGUGGCAUUUUCCACGGAAGAAAUUCUUGGAUCCUGUGGGUGUUGGUAGGCACAACUUAUAUCCUCGUCGCGAACCGGCUCGCCGAGCAUGUCGCACGGUCUCUUGCCUCGUUUGAAACGGAAAUGCGGCCGCAGCGUGGACAGCGCAAAUCCGCUCCUAUUGUUGACCCCGAAGCUGUUGAUCAGAAUCGCCUGGUUGGCACGAUUGCAGUGAUGCCGCUCUGUGGCACUGCGUUCAUCUUUAAACUUGCGUUUACGGCCAAGGAUGCACCGGAGUUGACGCAGGGGCUUCCGGUGUCGCUGCUGGAGUGGGUGGAGACUGCGAAUCUGGUGGGCCUGGCACGCAUGAUUUUUGGUGGUAUCUUGCUGAGUGCAACAUGGCUGGGGUGGGCGGAAUGGCAAAGAUCGAAGAGCAGAGGAAAAGGUGGAAAGGGAAAUAGCGACUACGCAGUCGCUCUAUUGGACCAAACAACGCUCUUCCUCCUCACCCAGACCAAAGCCCACAACAUCCCGCUCUUCCUCCUCUUCCGGCUCCAAUUCUUCUUCCUCUGUAAGCCCGUACCCCAGCCAUCCCAACCCCCAACCAACCCCACUAACGGCCCCACCCCAGCAACCCUCCCCCUCACCCCAACAUCCACAACCCUAACCACCCUCCUCCUAACCCAAACCUCCUUCUUCGCCCUCGGCAACACAAACGCCAUAUCCUCCAUCGACCUCUCAAACGCCUACAACGGCAUCUCCAGCUACUCCAUCCCCCUCGUCUCCCUCCUCGUCUUCCUCUCCAACUGGGCAGGCCCACUAUACUGGUCCUUUGCCGGCCUCCUCCUCCUCGGCGGACAUACAGCGCCCAACCGCUACAUCGACACCUCCGAACUCCACGUCGCCGACUGGGUCGCCCAGGAGCGCGAGUACCUGGAUGAGUUGGCGCGGCGCGAGCACAAGCAGAGACUUGUUCGUGGGGAUGCGGGCGCGUGGUUUCAGCAUGUGGCGCUGCUGACGUGUGCGACGGGGGUCAUGUUGGCGGGGGUCAUGGCGGCUUGUAUGGUGUUGAGGCAGCAUCUUUUUAUUUGGACGGUGUUUAGUCCGAAGUUUUUGUAUGCGAUGGCUUGGGGGGUUGGGAUGCAUUUGGGGGUUACGGUGGGGUUGGGGAGGCUGCUUUGGUGGGUUGGGGGGUGGUGA